GUGUGAGGAGGUGAAGGGUCACCACACUCCGGUCUGCAGGAGGAGGAGGAGGAGCUAACCGCCGGCACACUGCGACCCGAGCAGUCCGUACAACAUGGCCACCGGGUCGGAUGAGAAGACCCUCCGCACCGGCCUAUAGUGGUCAUCACCCCAAGUCCAAGCCUGACAGGGAGGAUGACGACGAUACUUCCAUGACCUCCUUUGGUGUUGCCGUCCGAGGCCUCCCCCUGACCUUGGCGUCCAUGACACAAGCCACUGCCGCGGACUCCCGCUUCCACCCCAAAUGGCGGGCGAUCACUGUGGCGACCCUGCUGGCUUUAGUGCUCAUGUUGUACCUGCACCGCACAGUGGGGGACAGAGACAAUGCCACCAGAGGCUACUACCGCAACAGGGUUCACAGUUUGCAAAUGCACAGUGAGGGUGAGGAUGACAUCUUCAAAGACGCUAACAGACAAAAUGCACGAGGCCUCUCCCACCACCAGAGAAGGGACAAACCUUACAAUGACACGUACCCGUUGAGUCCGCCGGAGAAGACCAGGCACGGCAUCCGCUACCGUAUUGGUGUGAUCGCAGAUCUGGACACGGCGUCGCGUAGCUCAAAGGACCAGACGUGGUUCAGCUACAUGAAAAGAGGUCACCUGACUGUUUCAGACAGUGCUGACAGGCUGGAGGUGGAGUGGGACGCCGAGACGGUCACGCUGGAGAGUCAUCUGGCUGAGAAGGGACGAGGUAUGGAGCUGUCCGAGCUGGUGGCGUUCAACGGUCACCUGUACAGUGUGGACGACCGCACAGGCGUGGUGUACAGGAUCGAAGGUAGCCGGGCUGUCCCCUGGGUUAUACUACCCGACGGCGACGGCUCGGUCUCCAAAGGGUUCAAGGCAGAGUGGCUGGCAGUGAAAGAUGAGCACCUGUAUGUUGGCGGCCUGGGCAAAGAGUGGACCACGACCUCUGGAAAAGUGGUCAACAACCACCCAGAGUGGGUGAAAGUCGUCGGCUACCACGGUGAUGUGCAGCACGAGAACUGGGUGCCGUACUACAACGCCCUGCGGAGCGCAACGGGGAUACAACCACCAGGCUACCUUAUCCAUGAAUCAGCGGCGUGGAGUGAGCGUCUCCAGCGCUGGUUCUUCCUCCCUCGCCGUGCCAGUCACGAGCACUACGAAGAGACCGCAGACGAGCGGCGCGCCACCAACCUCCUGCUGUCCUGCUCGGCAGACUUCAGCCACAUAACAGUUCGGCACGUCGGCCCGCUCAACCCGACCCACGGGUUCUCCUCGUUCAAAUUUGUCCCGGACACGGACGAUCAGAUUGUUCUGGCCCUGAAAUCAGAGGAGGACGCCGGCCGGAUUGCCACCUACAUCAUUGCAUUCACACUGGACGGUCGGGUGCUGAUGCCGGAGACAAAGAUAGGGAAUGUGAAGUUUGAAGGACUGGAGUUUAUUUGACAGCGCUGACGGGUCCUCCAAGAAGAUUAAGAAGUGGUCUGUGUACUUACAACACUGUUGUUUUCAGUCUUUAGUAUUACAUUCCCCUCUCUCAGUUCUACUGUGCAAUAAUGAGGUAUGACCCAAAAAAUAUAUAUUUCUUAAUUAUAUAUUAUAAUAAUAUUGUAUGAUAAUUGAAAGGAACAAUAGAAGGUAAAAGGGCAGGAGAGCGUCACCAAUAAUUGAACAAUUCAGUUCUUGUGCGACCGGUUUCUGUGACUAGCUACACACACCGGCCGCACAGAAAAUGGUCAUAUAAGAUCUUUUAAUGCUUUUAUAAUUAAACACUACUUAUAUUCCAGAGGAGUCGGGCUAGAUUACUAUAAAUGAGUAGACGUCAGUUUAUACAACACCAGGUAAUGUGGAUCUACUCUCAUGCAGCCAAACUCUGCUGGUCGGACACUCAGGGGAAUAAACAGGAUUAGAUAUUUUAAGGAAUAGAAAGAAUUACCUUAAAUAACUUGAAAUAUUAAACUCAUACAUUGCUUUGUUUUAUCCUACCUGCUCAAACACACUGAAGUCUCUGUUAUUAGAUUUAUACUGAUGUCAUAGUGGGUCUAGCGACUUGAUGCAUUUCAACUUCUGAUUCAUAAACUACAUGCUUUAAGUUUUAAUGAACAGGACCACCUCAUAUAUAUUUUUCACAUAUGUUAAUAAACUGAAUAUCCAUAUCUUCUCAAGCCAGAGAAUAAGUGAAACACCAGCUAUUUUAUUUAAACAGAAACCAUUUAUAUGUUAAAUUUGUAUCCUCUCAAAAUACAAAU